AUGAUGGCCUUCCAUUUGGAUUCUGCAUCCUUCUUUAAGCCUUCUGUGGAAAUUGAUAAAGUCAGGACCAUGGGAAGCUAUAAACUAAGAAUCAUCAUAAAUGUGAGGGACAUACGGAAAGUGUCACUGGACAGAAAACCAGAAACGGUUGAAGAGCUGAAGAUAAAAGUCAAAGAAAAAUACAACCUGCAGGAUGACUUCAAUCUUAUGAGCUGGCCAGCUCUUUUUACAGAGAGACAAGUGUUUGCUGAGUUCAACAGCAUAGCCACGACAAACCUGGAGAAUGACUUUUUUGGUGCUGUUGACCGCUACACACCACGCUUUGUCACAAUCUUCAAGUCCAAGAAAGGAAGUGUUGGAGAGAAACUGGCUGAGAUUGUGCAGCAAAUUGAUUCAAGGAAACCAGAUGUGACAGCAGUGCGUACCCUUGUUCUCCAAGGCAUCCCUGCUCUGCUUGGUGAUGACCCCAGUAACUUCUACAACACCUCCUUUGAUUCUGACAGUGAUGAGGCCUGGGACCAGGUAUCUGUUGGGUUGCUGACUGUCAUCAGUGAAGAUGUGCCCCUCUCGCCAAAUCAUCUCCAUCUUGACCCAGUGUCUACUGCCAUCAUUCUUGAAGGAGGUAUUGUAAUGGACAAUCUCCAGAACCUACCUCAAGCACUUUGCCUCUUGUUUGGGUUGUCCUAUGCACUACACUUGGACUACCCUAAAGCCAUGAAAAACACAUUCAGCUUCUUUCAACGAGUGAUGCUUGGCCUGGGAGAGAACAAACUCCCCCAAACUUCAAACUCUUAA